UUCACCCCCCUGUAUUAUGGGACAAACAGCCCCCGUGGGGUCUUAUUUCAUGGUUUCUGAAAGCAGACUGCCGUGUUCUGCUGUCUUCUCUCCCAGGAGCCUGUUCCAGUUGAUGUCAGGGUCCCACCGUUUGCUCUGCUGCCAUGAUCGUGCUUCUCCUGCUAGGAAUGCUGAUGGCCCCACGUGGCGGGGGCCACCCUCUGGACACCCCACACCUUCCACGGGAGCUGCCCCCAGGACUCUCAGAAAAUAUCAACAUGACGUUCUUCAAUGGUGUGUUUAAAAAUGUGGAAGGUGUGGCUGAAAUUUUUGACUGCUUGGGAUCCCACUUCACCUGGCUGCAGGCUGUCUUCACCAACUUCCCCGCGCUGCUCCAGUUCGUGAAUGGUAUGAAGUGCGUGGCUGGGCUCUGCCCCCGGGACUUCGAAGACUAUGGCUGUGCCUGCAGGUUUGAGAUGGAAGGGCUGCCUGUGGAUGCGUCUGACAGCUGCUGCUUCCAGCAUCGCAGGUGCUACGAGGAGGCUGCUGACAUGGACUGUCUCCAAGACCCCAGCAAGCUUAGCACAGACGUCAACUGCGUCAGCAAGAGUGUCACAUGCGAGUCCAGGGACGCGUGUGAGCGCCUGCUGUGUUCCUGUGACAAGGCUGCCAUAGAGUGUCUGGCUCGGUCCACCAUCAACACUUCCCUGAACCUUCUCGACACUUCCCUGUGUCUGGCUCAGCCUCCAGAGAGGACCAGCAGCAAAGAGCUGCUGACACUUCUGCCCAGAGGUGACGGUGUGGAGCCCACGGACUCCAGCCUGAUGGCUCUCUCUGGAGAAGAACCAGGCCAAGAUCAGGAAGGGACGGAAGAUGCUCAGGCCACACCUUUUCCAGGAUCUGCAGAGAUGGUUGCCACAGCGAAAGGUGUAACCAUCGUGCCCACCAGCAUUAAAUCUUUGGGGGUGGCCGUGUCAUCCGUCAAAAGCAGACCUGAGGACUCAUCUGGAAAAGCCUGUGACAGGUUCACCUUCCUGCACCGGGGAAACGGGGACAACACCUGGGUGAUGCCACAGCUUGGAGAGAUGCUCUUUUGUCUGACGGCCCGGUGCCCGGAGGAAUUUGAAGCUUAUGGCUGUUACUGUGGGCAAGAAGGACAAGGCGAGCCGAGGGACGCCCUGGACAGGUGCUGUUGGUUCCAUCACUGCUGCCUGGAGCAGGUGAGAAGGCUGGGCUGCCUGCUGGAGAGGCUUCCUCUGUCUCCAGUGAUGUGCGUGGAUGGAACCCCCAAGUGUGUGGGGCAGAGCCUGUGCGCCAAGCUGCUCUGUGCCUGCGACCAGACGGCGGCCGAGUGCAUGGCCCCCGCCGUCUAUAACCAAAGCCUCAGGUCGCCAGGCAGCCAAGACUGCCAGGGCGAACCGCUGUCCUGUGAGGACCCCCGCGUGCCUCCAGCUUCCUCCCUUGGCUCCAGCUCCGAGGAGAACAGCGAGGAGGCCCCGCCCCGCCCAGAGGGCCCGACAAGAACCAGAAGAUUCCUGGGGGGGUCCCUGGGUCUCAUGGGCACCAGGCUGCAGCAUGGCCCCAGAUAGAUUCCCAGAGCAAGCGACCAGCGCACCCUGUCCUUCUGUUCCUUCUGCCUCCACCCUCCCCUUCUGCUCACCAGAGGCUCAGAGGGGGAGAGGUGGGGAGACCCUUGCCCGCGUGCAUUGUGAUGGGUUUGUCAGCUCACACUUGAAGGUGCACACUUGAAGGAGCAGGCGGGUGACAGGUGGUUCUCUGCUUUCUGUAGUGCGCUGGGGAAGCUCAAUAAA